AUGAAGAAAAAAAAAUAGUCUUGGGGAGGAUUAGAAAGAAAAAUAUAUAGAAUUAGAUUAAAUCAACAAAAUACAUAACAAAUUUCUUAAUAGAAAAAUAGAGAAAAUAUUAACUCCAAAGGGAUGAUAAGUACUUCGAGCGAGUAUACAAAAAGAAUAGCAUUGGAUAGUAAUAAUCUAUUCAAGUUUAAGGCACCAAGAUAAGCACAGCAUGAAGAAGGCGAUGGAAUGAAUGCAGAAAUAUUAAGUUCUCCUUCAGGUGGUGACGAGAGCUAAGAAGAAAACCUCAUCAUAGAUCAAAACUUAAAAAAUCUCAAGCAGACAGCAGAUAAAAAAUGUAAGAAUCUGAAUCAGACAUAGGAAUACAUUAGCAAUAAUUUGAAAAAGGGCAAAAAAUCAAUAACUAGCUCAUCACAAUCAGCACUAAUUAGUAAAGCAAGCGAUUAGCAUAGUAACGCGAAUCAAAUAAAUGUAGAAGAGCAUUUAUUUCAAGAAGAAAUCGAAGAAGAUGAUAUAAAAGCAAAUGCUCGCCAAAACGAUAUCUAUAGAAUGAAUAACCAGCAUCACUAAAACCGUUUAAACUAAAUUAAUCAGCUCAGAGCUAAAGAAAUGAAUAAAAGAAUCAGCAUUUAAAGUGAAUCAACUCCUGCUAUUGGAGGUGAUGCUUAAGAUUAGGAGUUGGAUGAGUUUGAUAAUGAAAUGAUGGAGGAUAUUGAUAUGCAAGAUCAACGAGAAUUGCAAGAUGUAGAAGAUGAAGAGCUUUAAGAGGAAGAUGAUGAUAAUGAUUAAGAAGAGUAAGAAGAGGAUGAUGAAGAAGAAGAUGAUGAUAUUGAAAAGGAAAAUUAGGAAGAGGAGGAUGAAGCUCUCUCGGAUGAGGCAAUUGAUGAAUUUUCUGAUUAAGAAGAUUAGUCUCAUGACGAAUCGAUUUCUAAAAAAAAAGGAUAAAAUACCAGUACCAACAAUGCCAAAUCAACCCCAGCGAAAGCCUCUAAGAGUUCUCGCAAGCAUAGCAAAAAGCCAGGCAGAAAAGGCCAUCAAGGAAGAGGCAAGCAUAGUGAAUCAAGAAAUUAAAAUUUAACUCAAGCAGGAUUAGCUCACUGCGGUAAAAGAUGUUACAAUUAAUUUUGCAAAUUUCCUUUCAAAGGAGACCUAAAAAGAGUAAAAAUAAAAUUCACAAGUGAAUAUGUUCAUCUUUGCUAAAAAUGUACAGAAAGAUUCAAACUUAAGUGUUUUUGCCUUUAUUGCGGCCAAGUCUACUAUGACUCAAAUGAAGGAGAUGGGAAAGUAUGGAUUCAAUGUGAGGAUUGCUAAUAUUGGUUGCAUCAAGAAUGUGAAAAAGAGAAUGGUCUUCAUGACAUUGAUAACUUGAUAGAAGAUGAUUCUUAUAAAUUUUAUUGCAUGAGAUGCAGAGACAAAAAUAAACCAUAGUAGGAUAAACUAUAAUUAAAUAUUCUAAAGGCAAAGCAAUAAAUAGCAAAAACAUUUCAAGCCUAGAAUGGAGGACUUCUAGAAUCUAACAAUUUGAAUAAUUUAUCUAAUACUCCUAGCAGCCCUUCUUUGUAAAAAUAAGGGAAAAGACAGUAUAAAAAGUACUAACAAAAAGAAAAACCCUCAACAAAUAUCUAAAAAAGCAAAGGAAAAGUUUCUCUAGCCUCUCUUUAAAAGUAGCUCAACAAGCCAAUUUUUGCUCCUAAACCAGAUUAAUCUGAAAAUUAAAAAAUUCAGAAUUAAAAUUCUAUCAAUAUUAGUAUUACUCACAGCUCCUUAAAUGAGCAAAAUGCAGGAGAACCAAAAAAAUAUAAAAAAAUAUGCACUGAAGAUUCAAAACAUAGUGUGCAAACCUAAAUAUAACUUAAUAACAAAGCAUCUCCUUAAGUAUAAAAUACUACCAACAAUUAAAGCUCCACAAAUUCAUCUGAUUUCUAUAGUGCAUCAUUGUUUUUAAAAGCUAAAAAGUAGCUCUAGCAAACUUAAUAGUCUACUUAACAUUAAAAUGCUUUAUCUCCUUUUUCUUUGUACAAAACUGAUUAUAGUAACACUCUUUUUAAUGAGGUUUCAAUUGGACCUCUAGAAACACAUAACAGCCACGAUGCUAACAAUAUACAAAAUAAUAAUCCAUAUUCACAUCAUUAGAGACAACGUAAAGAAGACUAAAUGAAUUAUGUAGAAUUACCCUAUAAAAAAUAAACAGCUAAAGAAAAUACAACCAAGAGGUUCUACUACCAUUAUUCAGUUCUCUAAGAAUUGCUUACUCCCCUUAGUAUAUCUAUGACACUUGCUUAGGAAGAUAUUAAUGAAGAUUUAUAAAUAUUAAGAAGUUUGAUUGUUGAAGGAAAGAAAUUAACAAGUGAAGAUAAUUAAUCUUCACAAUUAAAUUCUCAUAUUGAAGAAUCUUAGGCUAAUUUCUCAUCAAGUUCUUAAUAUGAUUCGAUGCACAUGAAAUCUUCUCCUCAAUAAUUAAAGGGUAUCACUGAAUUUAUAAAUCUCACUCCAGUCAAAAGAAAGAAUUUAAAUAGUGAUCAUAAUAAACUAGGAAAUACAAAUAGUCCCAUAACUUAACAUAACUGA